UUAAAUCGCAUGUGUUCGGUACUGUUAGAAGAUCGCGCUUUUAAAGAACGUUUUCUUGCUGGUAUCGCAACAGCUUUCAGUGCACCUUUGGAUCGCUCGGUCGGACGUACAAGGAUGAGGUUCUUAACCGUAACUGUGUUUGCGAUUGUCGCGAUUUUCACCCUACCAACGAACGCAUCGCCAGUGGGUUCGCAAGAAGCGGCAGAAAGUGCGAGCGUAGAAGUGAUAGAAGAAAAAGUGCGAGUGGAAAGAUCGGCGCAAGAUGAUACGCAAGUGGUGAACACGUUCGAUACGAUAGAUAGGUUUAACAAUGACGCCGAAGAGUCAGGUAUCAGUGAUGUGAACCGUUCGAGAUCCAAAAGAGCAACUUACUGUACCAAUGUGAUAAAUGCUUAUGGUCAAGUGGAGCUUGUGUGUGAUGAUGAUCUUUAUAUGGCCGCUAGUGACACUCAUCCGGUUCACGUUAUGCCUGAAUCGCACUCGAAAGAAGAACCAGGAAGGCCUGGCCAGAGUGAAGGUGUUCAUCCUUUACACAUGAAAGAGGAUCAACACUCUCAUGAAGCACCGCGGCAUGAAAUUGGAAAAGAUUCUCACAGCCAUGAAUCCCAUGGUCACGAGUCUCAUAGCCACAUGCAGGGAGGUCACGAAUCUCACACUCCUAUGAAGGGAGGUCACGAAUCUCAUAUUCCUAUGAAGGGAGGUCACGAUUCUCAUAGUCCUAUGAAGGGUAGUCACGAAUCUCACAAUGCAGGAGGGCAAGAUAUGCGAGCAUAUAGUAAAGGUCAUAGUUCGGGCAGCUACCAGCCACCAACACAUGGUUACGGCAAGGGCCACAGUAGUUCUGGAUAUAGUCAAGCUUCUCACGGACACGCUUCAGCUUCUCAUGGAUACGCACCUGCUGCUCACGCGCCUGCUGCGUAUGCACCUGCUGCUCACGGACAUGCUUCCCAUGCUUCUGCUUCCCACGGGUACGGCAAAGGAGGCCACAACAGUUACAGCAAGGGACACACUGCAUCAAAAGGCUACGCAAAACCCGCUGCCUCUCACUCUGGAUAUAGAAGUUAUAGCUCAGGAUCUGCACCCAGCUACGGUGGACACGCACCGGCUCCGGCGAGCUAUGCUGCUGCUCCUGCUUAUUCUUCUCACGGGGGAAAAGUUUCGUGUGGAAGUAAUCUGCUGUUAGGAUGUGCCCCUGUGGUUUCGACAGUCCCGUGUAGUCCGACACACGAGCCGGUCAAGGCUCCAGUGCAUAAACCUGUAUACAAACCUGCGCCAGUGUACAAACCACCACCGGUUGUCAAACCAUGUGAGGCAUGCGUUCCGUAUCACUCAUUUGUGAAAACAUGUUAUUGAAAAUCAUUUCAAGUGUAGUGUACGUUGCAGAGGGAAUGUUUUUAGCAAAUUCAGAAACAGUUCAGAUACCACCAGAGAAAAUUACGAUCCCAUCAAGUGAAUAAAGAGUAGAGGAAUGUAUUUUGAAA